UGAUGCAGUCACCGCAUCAUCGCAGUUAAGAAUUCAAGUUCACGAAGUUAGCACGCGCUUUUUUAAAGCUUCCUUCUUCGCUCAUUCUAGUGGAUCCCAAUCCUGCGCCAAACAGGUUUCAUCAGUUACUGCUACCUCUAGCAAGUGGCUUCUGUCGGAGAUAACGAUUCUCGCAAGAAGCAUCACGGUGUCCAGUCAACCGUUCGGAACUAUGAACUCCAACUUCAGUGUGCUUGUUUUGGUCGAAAAAAUCAGAACUCCGGUAUUAAGUGUGUAAGUGCGUACAAACGCAUACUAAAUGUGGAAACCCAACACAGGAACAGCGUGGAAAUGCAUUGUGUUGAUCUGGAUCGCGAACGAAUUCAUAACGCCGUCAGUGCAGUUACAAAUUCAGUCCUUCUUCCGAGAUCGCCGAAAGGUGUGCAACUACUACGAAUGGAAGUGUGCUAGCGGACAGUGCAUUGAAUCGCAUCAGCUGUGCGACGGAGUCUUCGACUGUAAGGACAAAUCGGAUGAAACGUCGACAGCGUGUGCCUUCAUUCGCUGCCCAAGUUAUGCCUUCCGAUGUCAGUACGGUGCCUGCGUUGAUGGUAAUGCCAUGUGCAAUGGAAUCAAGGAAUGCGUCGACAGCUCCGACGAACAUCUGCACUGCCCUGGGUAUAGUGAAACGCUGUUUACCUCCGGGAAUUGUUCAAGUACGGAGUUUCAAUGUCAAUCGGGUCAAUGCAUUCCAAGCGAUGAAGUGUGCGACGGUUUGUCGCAUUGUGACGACGAAUCCGAUGAACAGCAGAAAAUCUGCGGGCUAACAUUUUGUCCGUCGUUUGCUUUCCGCUGUAGUUAUGGGGCCUGUAUUGGAGGGUACUCGAAAUGCGAUGGAAUCAUCGAUUGCAGAGACGGUUCGGAUGAAGACGAGAUGCUCUGUGGAAAACCAGCACCAACGACCACACCGAGAAUAUUAAGUACGACUACAACAACUACGACUACAACCACACCAUCGCCUUCCGUAACUGGAGCACCAGGAUCCUGCUUGGUACCUGCGCAACCAACAAACGGUAAUAUUGUCCUUGAUGAAACGGCUAAAAAUAUUUUAAUUAGCAGUGGAGAAUUCAUUGAGAACUUUAACUCCGUGCACGUUUUGUGCGAUGACAAAUACACCAUUAAAGGGGUAUCUACUAUCACCUGUCUAGAUGGUGCUUGGCUGGAUCCGUUUCCACUAUGCGAGCGAUACUGCUCGGAAAUUCCAAUCAAUGGAAUCACGGUUCAGCCGACUUGCGAAUACCAACGCAAACAGAUCACAUGUAAACGUCCACUUCCUCCAACGACUAGAGUCCGUAUCGACUGCAAGAUAGGAUAUCAGAAACCGGAUGGUCCGUUAAACGAAACGCUUACCUGCAUCGACGGUGCGUGGACCAGUUCCGUCUUCCGCUGUGAACCCGUUUGUGGGACACCAACACCAGAUGCAGAAGCUUACAUUAUCGGAGGUAAGAACGCAUCCAUUGCAGAGGUUCCUUGGCACACAGGCAUCUAUCGUAAUCUGGAAAAUGGCACCAUUGACGAUCUGAAAUCAAACGACUGGCAGUACAUUUGCGGUGGAACAAUACUUACUGAGAGAUUGAUAGUAUCAGCUGCACACUGCUUCUGGGAUGUUACGUCAUUUCACAGCAUCAGGUCGUUUGUGUUGACCGUCGGAAAGUAUCGGCGAGAGUUGAAUGCGGUUGAGAGCUUGCCAGCUCAGAUUAUUCGUGUGCGAGAGCUGAUCACACAACCCCAAUAUCAGGACUUCUCCGGAUACUAUAAUCUGGAUAUCGCCAUUGUAGUUCUGCAAGAUUUCAUUGUGUUCAAGUCGUAUGUGAGACCGAUCUGUUUGGAGAGAAACUUAAGGACUGAAAGCGAGAAGCGAAUCAAGGCACACAGUGUCGGACGGGUUGCUGGUUGGGGACUGACGACUUCGGGCGGCCAGCUUAGUCCAAACCUCAAGGUGGUCGAUAUCCCAACCGUAGACUAUUACACUUGUAGAGAUUUUUCACCCGUUUCCUAUCGACCAUUUCUAACGGGUGAUAAGUUUUGUGCCGGUGAUCCCCAGACGGGAACUAGUGUAUGUCAGGGGGACAGCGGAGGAGGAUUCGCUCUCGGCAAGGAAGUUGCUGGUGAAACAGUGUACUACCUUUAUGGCGUCGUUAGUUCUGCGCCCCGGUCAGCCAGCGGAAGCUGUGAUAACAACAAAUAUGUUGCUUUUACUGAGGUACAGAACUAUAUCCCGAUGGUACUGGACGCUGAAAGUCGAUUUCCGGUUAUUUAAGAUUUUCAAGAGAUGUUCGGAUAAAUAAAACAACUCUAUGUGUUUCGAUUUA